GACAUUUAGUUUAAUUCUUCAUCUGAUCAUCUGUAUCUGUGGACAUAUUAUCUCCAUUCUUGAAGAACUACUUUUUCUUCUGUGAAAACACCAUGACCAUAUUAUGACGACACCAUAGAAAUAGUAAAAGAAAGAAAAGAAAAAAAACCAAUUUUCUUUCUAUAUAUCUGAGCCAGGAUUUCUCCGAAAUUAAACGGAAAAGGGGUAGUUUGAAAAUGGCCAGAAUUCCAAUAAUGUUUCAGAGAGUAGCAGCGGCUUUCGACGAGCAAGUUUCUCGUGUACGGCUGUGCGAGAGCAGCGGGAGCGAGCACUCUCCGGCCGGGAGCUCCACAGAUUUGUCGAAUCUGGUAAAUUCUUUCAUCGAAAGAGAAGCGUGGAAUGGAGAUGGCGAUGAUCAGGAAAUUCAUGAGCAGAAACAUGAAGUGUCUGAUGUUGAUUCUUGGUCUGAUGAGUCGGAGAGGAAGGAUAUGCUCAAGAAUUUGUUAUUUGAUAACGAUGACGGUGACGAUGGUGAUGUGAAGCGGAAGAUUUAUGCGGAAGCAGAAGCUGCUUAUGAAAUGGCUUCUGAUAAUGGAGAUUUUCAAGGAUUCAAACGCCACUUGAUGACUCACUUGCGUGAGAAGGGUCUCGAUGCUGGACUUUGCAAGUCAAAAUGGGAUAAAUCGAGGAGUUUUCCAGCGGGGGAUUAUGAGUAUGUUGAUGUAAAUGUGGAAGGAAGUGGAAGUCGCUACAUAGUAGAAGCAUUCUUAGUAGGAGAGUUCGAAAUAGCACGCCCCACUGACCAAUACACUUCAUUACUCGAGGUUUUCCCACUCAUAUUUGUUGGGAAAGCAGAAGAGCUCAAACAGAUUGUGAGGCUAAUGAGCAAUGCAAUUAGAGAGUCCAUGAAAAGCAAGGACAUGCCAAUACCACCUUGGAGGAAAAAUGGGUAUAUGAAGACAAAGUGGUUCGGUUCCUACAAGAGGACCACUAACGCAGUUCCAUCCAGUAAGCCCAAAAAUCCCAAUGAAUCUUAUGGUGCCAAGAAAUCGGUGGGGUUUCAAACCAUGCCAACAGUUCCAUAUUUUUGCAGGGCUGAUGACUUUCCAACUAAGGUCGGCUUGAGAGUAGGGAAUUUGACUGCUGCAUUAUUCGAUGGUUAAGAUUUGUUGCGACAUUUUUGUUCGUAAAUUGUUUAUGCCUGUACAAAGAAUUCAAGGGAAUGCUUUAAUUUUAUUUUGUCCCUUGAGCUUGAUUGAUAUUUUCGUUAUGGAUUAGUUGGUUACUUACAUAGGUUGAUAUUGGUUGUGAAAAGUUUUGUAGUAUUGGCUGUUAUGGAAAUAGUAUUCGUCUCUACCAAGACAAGUAAAAAUGCAUUCUAGCAUUAACAAGUCUAUAAUACAAUUAUCCUAUUUUGCCUUGUA